AUGGCUCGUAUGCGGCUUGAGCGUUUCCUAAAAAGGCCUUACAAGAAGCUGCACGCCUGUGCCUCUGGCCCGUUUUGCAUUUCCAAGAAGUUAGGGCCCAAUGCAUAUUUAUUAGAGUUACCUCCAAAUAUGUCUAUUAGUCUAGUAUUUAAUGCUGAGGAUCUUGUUCCUUACCGGGGCACUUUCGAGUCUCACCCUUUAUGUUCUAAUGACUCUGCAGGUCCCAUCAGUCGUUACCUCGUUCGUCGGAAAGGCUAUCCUGAUUCAGACGCUACAUGGUCCACCGAGGACGAGUUCUAUCAUGUGGAUGCCGCCCUCCUCAACAGCUACCAGCUUUCUAACUCUCCGGUGGCGAGUUCUUCGAGCAGGGGGGAAAUGAUGCAGAUUUAA